CCUACCUAUUUGGCGCGUUAUAUUUUAAUCAGCAGUACGAAAUAGAAUGUGAUGGUAUUACAACUUGCACAGUUCGUUGUCGUUGUGGCUCACUAAAAAUACAUAUUUUUUCGAUUAAUUUUGUUUUCAUGUUGUGAGUGUUAUGUUUUAUUAUGUUUGUACAUUUUUUUAUACAAUAUAAUAAACGAAUUGGACGCAUAAAUUAAAGACUACAUACAACUGUUCAUUGACAGGAUCRGAACACGAUACGUGCAUUAUGGUUAAGUGCAGUUUCACUUACGCGACUGCAGUCCGCGUUCGUGCUCCGUUGCAGUUUAUUUUUGUGCGUGAAAUUCACAAAUGGUCAGAGUUGGUUCCGAUGGCGUUUCUGCGUCGGGAAGGAAUGCGUCGGUAGAUAUGUCCGAAAGCACACCGAUACUCGGAAGUGCAAAAGAGAGACAUAAGUCAACAGUACUGACUAGAUUUCAAUCAAAAAGUUGCAUUGUUCUAGUAGGAUUGGUGAUAUUGGUUGCUGUCGUCUCGUUGGUAAUCGUAUACUCGCCAAAUGCACCCAAUGACGAAAUUCCAGACCCGGAAUUCGCUUUGCCGCCGUCGAGCAUGCCAAUGGGAUUGUACAGCAACGUCGGCGUCGUGUCCAACGGUGGACCAUGCGCACAGAUCGGAGUGUAA